CGAAUCAGGCGGGCUCCGCUCCGGGAAGAGCCGAAGAAGGCGUAGGCGUCCGGCGGAGCCUGUGAGAGGAGAGGCGACGCGGGCGCUUGGGGUUUCGGUCGUGACGGUGUUGUGCAGGUGCCGGCCGGUAGGCCGGGUAGGGAAGAUGGCGAUAUCGCGGGGGCUGUGGUGCUGUCAGCGCAUAUUGGCCUGGAUUCCGGUGCUUAUCAUCACCUUGGUCGUGCUAUGGUCUUACUACGCCUAUGUGUUCGAGCUGUGUGUGUUUACAGUCCAGAAUGGGUUUGAGAAAGCUGCGUAUCUUGUGGUAUUUCACUUAUUUUUUGUGAUGUUUGUAUGGACCUAUUGCAAAGCUAUUUUCACAGAACCAGCUGAACCCUCCCGAAAGUUCCAAUUGAGCAGAGCUGAUAAAGAAAGGUACGAGCGAGAAGAAAGGCCUGAAGUACAAAAGCAAAUUCUCUUGGAUGCUGCUAAAAAGUUGCCAGUGUACACCAGGACUGCAGCUGGAGCCAUCCGAUACUGUGACCGAUGUCAACUGAUUAAGCCUGAUCGCUGCCAUCACUGCUCCAUCUGUGAUACAUGUGUGUUAAAAAUGGAUCAUCAUUGUCCGUGGGUGAAUAACUGUAUUGGAUUUUCAAACUACAAAUUUUUUCUUCUUUUUUUGGGAUAUUCCAUGCUGUACUGCUUGUUCGUUGCUACCACUGUUCUGCAAUACUUCAUCAUGUUUUGGACGGGUGGUCUGUCUGAUGGUCGUGCAAAAUUUCAUGUACUCUUUCUUCUCUUUGUGGCUGUCAUGUUCUUCCUCAGCCUCAUGUUCCUCCUCAGUUACCAUUGUUGGCUGGUCAGUUUGAACAGAUCUACAUUAGAGGCCUUUUCUGCACCAGUAUUUCAGCACGGUGCUGAUAAAAAUGGUUUUAACCUGGGUGUGUGGAAAAAUUUAACACAAGUAUUCGGACCAAAAAAAAAGUACUGGCUGCUUCCUAUCUUUACCAGUGUGGGCGAUGGGCAUUCCUUCCCCAUGAAAUCGCAGUCAGAGAGUCACAAUCCAUUACUGUCCAAUGAGGAGCACUGGGACGAGGGAGAAUCAGAUGUGGAAUACUCAGCAACUGCAAGUGGCACUACCUCUGUGACUGUUGAAAUGGAGUCUUAGCUGACCUGUGAUGCUGUUUUAGCAUUCAUAGUUUCAGAUCACUCCCAGAUACUGCAGUAUUAUCUGAAGUGUGAACAAGAGAACCAAAGAUCUUUGAGGGUCUUCAACAUAGGAAACGGAAAUGAAUAUUACGUACCUAUACGAGGCAAUCUCCUGAAGAUCUUUUCAAUAGAUAAUGUACAUUCAGGCUUUGGUUCACAAACAACUUCACUUCCUUGCUGUGGGAGGGAAAUGCUGUAAAUUUACUUAUAACUGGGUAUCCGCAAAUAUGAACUUUUAUGUAAAUAAUGUGUGUUUGAAUGAGGCUCUAUCACAGAUACCUAAAACCAACCUUGGGUUUAAUUAAACAUGACACACUGUAUUUAACUCAUUAGGGUGAAAUGCUAAACAAAAGUGUUCCUUGCAUUAAUAUUGCACAAGUAAGGUACAAAUAUAAAAUUUUCAAAUUGCAAAAGAACUGCACUGUCUGUUCAACCAUGUGUUCGAACGAAAAAGCAGUAGAUUGAUUGUUUACUAUGUUUAUAUGAAUUAAGUCAUUUCAAACCAGGUCAUUUUUUUAAAAGUGUGUUUUUUUUUCAUUUUUUUAAAAUAUGUUUAGAAGAUUCUUAAAUUUAGCUAGUUUUUUUGAUAUGUUUGUAAUGUGAUGUACAUAUUUUUAAACUACCCUCAAAAUUAAAUACAAUAAAAUUACUCCAGUGAGGGACCAAAGAUCUGUAAAGCAGUAUCUGCUCUAAAGUUUGAGUCACUCUCUAGUCGAAGGAAAGUUACCUGUUAUUUAGUGUGCUCAUGCCAAUGUUAAGCUUUAUAGGACAGCAAAUAGUCUGGUUCUCAUUGUCAUUCCAUGAAGGUAUGAUUUUCUUUUACCUGGAACGUUAAUUUUAAGCAAUGGAACAGUGACCAAAAAUCUACAGUAAAAGAAGCAGUUCAUUAACUUUGUGGCAAAAUUCCACCCUAAAAUGCCAUCUUGCACUUUCUGUCUGUGCCAACUCCAAUUGGAAAAAUCAGUGUUUGCAGUUGAUACUUGUUUGUGGUUUAUUUCAUAAAGUACCUUUAAAUUCAGGGAAGAAAUUAACUGUUGAAAAAUCAGCAUGUAUAUCUCCCUAAAAACUGCAAGCCGUUAGAGCAGGUGAUUGGCUGUCUACAGAUGCACAAAUUCACUAAACUGCAGUGGUUAGUGGAUACUGUAAUACUGUGAGAACUUUGUAACAUCUUUUCCAGAUUUCAAAUGAGUUGUGUUCUCAUCAUGUGGCUUUUGAAUUUCCUAAUUUUGAUGUGUGAAAGGUUUCUUAUCUUGGGUAAUCCUUCUGUUCCCAAAAUGCUGAGGUGAAUGCAGGACAAGCUGCUUGAACUAGAGGACAACGAGCCAUAGGCUUUCAUCAUCUCCAGCAACAUUAAGGAAUAACUGCUGCUAGGUUCAAGGAUAUUAAUCCAUAAAGAAAAACAAUUACUGUAGGCCUCAAUGUUUUUUAUUAAUGGAAUUCUGAAGUAUUAAAGCAUUACGUAGCUUCCAUCUUUGGCAUACAAACAAAUUGAAAAACAAUUUUUUAUCAGUGGGUUUAGUGAAACCACUUUCCAGCAUUAAAAUGUUGUUCUUACAAGUAUGACAAGCAUUAAAAGCAUUUGCCCAGACAUCAUUUAUUGUGAGUUCAUUCAAACAACUUUUAAUAAUUUUCAUUUUAUAUUUGUCCAUGUUUUCUCUCAACCAACACCUAAACAGACAGUUUUGUCAUUUGUUUUAUUGUAUUUUGUGCAAUCCUAUUGUGUGCAAAUUGACUGUGCAUUUCUUAUAACAACGGGGACAGCACUUCAAGAGCACUUCAUUGUCUGUAAGGAAUUUUGGGAUGUCCUGUGAUUAUGAAAGGCUCUGUAUAAAUGUAACUGUGAUCUUUAUUUUUCUUUUUUAAUGUCUGUUAUUGAUCAAACCGAAUUAAAGAUUUCAUUUUGGACUCCCAGGAGUGUAAUAGAAA